AACCAAUCAGUCAGUCAAUAGUCAGCCAGUCAGUGAGUCAGUGAGUCAGCCAGUUCUGUAAUGUAAUUUUCAAUAGAUCUGUUAAUAUAAAAAUAUUUUUUUUUGUAUUGUAUUUCCAGCAUCCGAACAGAUCGACUCCUAUAUAUAGGCAGAAACGCUUGGCUAUAUAGACUGGGUACUCAUGAUUCUAAUGUGAUUCUGCCACAAAAUAAUACCUCGAAGGGCUAGAAAAAUCAUAAAUAAUACUUGUAUAACAGUUUCGAAAGAGAAAGCAAUGCAUAUUCCUUUGCGCAGCCCUCAGACUUAUCGAUAAAUGUGAAGUGCCCAGUAGCUUUUUGCAGCUGACAAAGUCGUUGAACACGUGCAAUAUACAAUAAUAAAAAUUGAUUGGUAUCAGCAAUUAAGUUCCAGUUUUGCAAGCUAUUUGGAUUUCUCUUGUUUGAGCGAUACCUACUCAAGAUGUCCAGUCCCAAGCCGAAGCCGGACAAUAAGAAGUUCCAAAGCCAGCCGAGCUCUGGCUUUGGCAGCAUCAUGGUUGGUGUCUUAUUUGACGACGGUAUUGUGCUGGCCAUUAACACAGUGGGUAAUCUUAUAUACUAUCUGGAUGAUCAUAUCUACUGUGGCGCUAGUAGCACAGGAUUUGAUCGAGAGUCGCUGAUGGAGGUUUCUACCAAACUGGAGAAUAUAGCGCGUAACAAUAGCAACAAGGGCGUAACAGUUGCCCAAGCGCUGGACCUAAUUGUCAAGCUAUACGAACAGGUGGAGAUUGCAGAGCUAUUGCUGGCUGGCGAGGAUCCCAGUGGAUUGCAUUUGAUAGCACUAAAGUGUCCGGGCACCAGUGCGCGUGUCAAUUAUGCGGCUCUGGGACCAGGUUCGGCAGCGUCUUCCGAAUACAUCAAGAGUCAAUGGCGCCCGGAUAUGAAUCUGAGGCAUGCCGAACAGCUGGCACGCGCAGCGCUUCUAAUGGGUAGUAUGAGUAAAGUUGGAGUCGAUGUCUGCAUCAUAUUCAAGCGCUCGCCGGAGUCAGCAACUCGAGUGGAAGGCCAUGAUUCAUCAUAGCAAUCGAGGAUGUUGCAAUACCAUAUGUCUCGAUUUGCUUUACAAUUAUUAAAUGUUUAUUUUGCAGCAUAAAUAAAUUAAUUGUU